AUGGCGGUGCCAGCGCCGGCGCGGGAGCCACGGCUCCCGCAUCUUUCCACUGAAAUGACUGACGGCGGGCGGUGUGCACACCGGGCUCCUCUCCUCCCAGAGCCGCUAAGCGCGGCCACGUCCACCAUGCUGACGCUGGGCCGCGUCCCCGAGCGGGGGGCCCGGCCUGGGCUGCGGAGGCCCCCGGCGUGCUGGCUCACCUGCUGGCUGGCCCUGUGUGCGGCCGAGGCGGCCCCUGCCUGCCCCUUCCUGUGCAUCUGCGAGGGCCCCGACGUGGACUGCAGCGGGCUGGGGCUCACCGCCGUGCCCCCCGACGUGCCGGCUGCCGCCCGCAGCCUCCUGCUGCUCAACAACAAGCUCAGCGUCCUGCCCGGCUGGGCCUUCGCCAACCUGUCCGGCCUGCAGCGCCUGGACCUGUCCAACAACUUCCUGGACCAGCUGCCCGGCACGGUCUUCCGGGACCUGGGGAACCUGACGGAGCUGCAGCUGCGCAACAACAGCAUCAGGACCCUGGACAGCGGGCUGCUGCGCGGCGCGCCCCGCCUGCGCCACCUGGACCUGUCGCUCAACGGCCUGGCCCAGCUGCCGCCCGGGCUGUUCGACGGGCUGGCCGCCCUGCGCUCGCUCUCCCUGCGCUCCAACCGCCUGCAGCGCCUGGACCGGCUCACCUUCGAGCCGCUGGCCGGCCUGCAGCUGCUGCAGCUGGGCGGCAACCCCUGGGAGUGCGACUGCAGCCUGCGCGCCUUCAAGCACUGGAUGGAGUGGUUCUCCUACCGAGGGGGGCGUCUGGACCAGCUGGCCUGCACCCUGCCCAAGGAGCUGCGGGGGAAGGACAUGCGUGCGGUGCCCAUGGAGAUGUUCAACUACUGCGUGCAGCUGGAGGAGGAGCCCGGCGCCCCCUGCACCAAGGCCAGCCCCGAGCCGCCCCGGCCCCGGCCCGGGGCCGAGCCCGAGCCCGCGCCCAGCACCGCCUGUCCCCAGAAGCAGCGGUACCGGCCGGCGAGCGUGCGGCGCGCCAUCGGCACGGUGGUCAUCGCCGGCGUGGUGUGCGGCGUGGUGUGCGUCAUGAUGGUGGUGGCGGCCUCCUACGGCUGCAUCUAUGCCUCACUCAUGGCCAAGUACCACCGGGAGCUCAAGAAGCGGCAGCCGCUGAUGGGGGACCCCGAGGCAGAGCACGAGGACCAGAAGCAGAUCUCCUCCGUGGCCUGAGGGGCAGGCCACGGCCACGGUGGCCACGGCCACGGCGGCCACCCCCGGGGAUCGCUCCAGACCGGGCUGCGCGGCCUCCGCCUCCACGCCUC